AUGUACAAACCCUCGGGAAGAACGUUGACCGCCAUCAUUACUGCCAUCUGCUCGACAGCUUUCUGCCUUUUCGGUUAUGACCAGGGAGUCCUCUCAGGCCUCAUCGGCGCGGACAAUCAGUUCGGCAAAGACUUCAAUCACCCCGAUGCAAACACCCAGGGACUCAUUGUCUCCGUCUACCAGUUGGGCAACGUCGGCGGGUCCAUCGUCAUAUUCUUGUUCGGUGACAAACUGGGCCGCAAGAAGUCCAUCGUCUGGGCAACGAUCAUCAUGCUCAUUGGUGCCAUUCUGCAGACCGCUUCGGUCAACCGUGGAAUGAUGUACGCCGCUCGAGUCAUCACUGGAUUUGGAAAUGGUGCAAACACCUCCACUGUCCCUGUAUAUCAGGCAGAAACCUCAACCGCUAAGUCGAGGGGAGCUUUGAUUGCCGUGGACUCGUGUAUCAUCAUCUUCGGCAUUUUGGUAGCAUACUGGAUGGAUUAUGGCUUUGCCAAGGUGUCUGGUCCAGCCCAGUGGAGAUUCCCAGUCGGCUUCCAAAUCAUCUUCAUAGUCAUCAUCCUGAUUUUGCUUCUGUUUGCCCCAGAAACGCCUCGGUUCCUUCACGCGCAGGGCAAACACGACGAGGCCGAGGAAGUGACAGCGCGGCUGGUAGGCAAAGGUGCCUCUACCAACGACCCUCGCGUCCGCGAGCUCUCCCAGGAUAUUUUGAAUGCCCUCGCGCUCGAGUCAGAGGGCGGCCCCUUCCAGUUCAAGGAGCUGCUUCAAGGUGGCAAGCUGCAGAACUUCCGAAGAAUGUGCAUCAGCUUUGCCAGCAAUGCGUUCCAGCAGCUGGGUGGUAUUUGUGUGAUUACCUAUUAUCUCCCCAAAGUCUUGGUUGAAUCCAUCGGCAUGUCUCGCGAACUUGCGCUGUUGAUCAGCGGCAUCAUCACGACCGAAUACUUCCUUGCCUCUCUCGUCCAAAUCUGGCUGGUCGACAAAUUCAACCGCCGAACACUCAUGUUCGUUUCCAGCGCUGGUGAAAUCAUCACGAUGGUGAUUCUCGCCAUUACGACAUGGCAAGGCUCAUCUCCCGCCGGCAUUGCAGGGGCGGUCAUGAUUGCUCUCUACAACACCUUCUAUGCAUUUGGCUGGCUGCCGAUUCCAUUCAUUCUGCCGGCUGAAGUGUGCACCUUGAGAGUCAGAGCUAAAGGCGCUGCGUUGGCUAGUGUUGGAGCAUGGAUCAUCGAGUUCAUGGUCGUCCAAAUCACACCAAUUGCGGUUCAAAACAUCCAUUGGGGUACCUACAUUCUCUUCGCCGCGCUGAAUCUGGUGAUUAUCGUCCCGACCGUUUACUUUUUCUUCCCGGAAACUGCAAACAUGCGGCUUGAAGACGUGGACCACCUCUUUGAGGCAGGUGGGAUCACGGGUGGAGUCCUCAGCAAGUCUGGCCGUCUGGCCGACAGACGACAAGAUAUUGAGGUCGCAAACCAUGCUCAGGCUGAGAACAAGAGUGAGUCGGGAUCUGGGUCUGAAAUCGCACAGGAAGUGUAUGAGCACCAGGAGAAGAAGUGA